CAGCCAUUUUGUUUUGAUUUUGUAUUUCCACAAAUUCACACAUCGUCAUCGGAAUAAAAUACCAGCCAUAUUGAUUAUUCUACGUAGUGCACCGAAGAAGAUCAGACGCUCGUUGUUGAAAAAACGAUUUGGAUAAAAGAAAAGGACCAUGGAGUUCUUAAACGGCCCCAAUCCAAUGGUGCUGUAUCCUUUACCAGAAGGAUGGUCGAUCGGCUACUGCGUAGCAUCUAAGAGAUACUACUACAUCAAUAAUUUCACCAACAAAACCCAGUGGAAUAGGCCCACUGGUCCAGCACCCCGUAACUACCCCGUCGCAAUUAAAUGCAGUCGCAUCCUCAUCAAGCAUCGCGACUCAGAGCCGGACUUCUGGCGUGUGAAUUAUAUACCGCGCACAAAGAGAGAAGCUGCUCAUGUGAUUAGCAAAUGCUAUGUGCUGAUAACUACCAAGCAGUUUACCUUUGAAGAGGUAGCUUUUAAAUAUUCCGAAUGCCCAUCUGCGCAUCGAGGUGGAGACCUUCAGUGGCUGAACCUCUACACCGUGAGCCCCUAUUUCUUGAUUGCUUUCAACCUUGACAUAGGUGACCUCACUCUACCAGUUGAGACACCGGAAGGUUUUGAAAUCUUCCAAAGGACGGGUUAGGCACCUGAAAUAUAAGUCCUCGUAAAUUGUUAAUUUAGAGGACUGAAGAAUCAUUCUAUUCAUUGAAUCUUUCUUUGGUAUUGCAUCCUGGUACCCACAUUUGCUUGUUUAAUAUUUGAUUAAUGACAUAAAUCUUUUCAUACUCUAAAUGGGGAAAAAUAUUAUUUCCAUGAUAGUUUAGUAAAUGAGUCAAAAAUAAGUUUUAAAACAGGAUCUAAAUGUUAGUAAAUAAGAUUGAUGUGCUCUUAUAUGAGUUUGAUAAAUAUAACUUGAAGUAGUGGAGAUAUCACUUAAAAUCAGAGAAGUAUUUUAUGAAUUUACCAUUUAAAGUCAGACAAGUAUUUUAUGAAAAGACUUCAAGAAAAGAGCAUAGGUGAUGGGAAUAAAUCAUGGUUAUAGAAUAUCGAAGAUAGAAAGGAAUUGUGGAUGCCGCUCUACAGUUUGCUGUGCAAGUAAAAUAUACAAAUAUGGAGAGCCAAAACUACAAGAAGCUAGUCAAUUUCAAAUCACUGUUAAAAAAUCAUCUUGUGACAUCCAAGGAAUAAAAAAUGGUUAAAAGUGUAGUGUUAGAUAUAGUCAUACAAAUAUUUUCCUUGCUUAUUUCCAAAUAAAUGUGAAGAUUCCCUUUGCUAUAUAGUAUUAUUAAGGAUAUUCUGACAAAUCUUAUUUUGAGGCACACUUUUUCAUUUCAUUUGUGCCAUAUUAAAUAUUACUUAUUCAAUUAUAUGGCAAACAAAUUCAUAUAUGUUGCUGUUUAUUAAAUGUGCAUUUAAAGACUUUGCUAAUGUGAUAUAUGUGUAAGAAUUGUUGUAUUAUAAGAUAUAUAUUUUCCAAUUUGGACAUUGGACAUUUUUGUUGAUAUAGAUUCAAAAAAAUUUAUAAAUGUUCCUAGAUCUAAGAUAUUCUAUUUAUUAUUUUCUUUGUUAUACAAAAGUCAUGAUUUUUGUUUGUUUUGAAUAUUUAUAUGCUCUUUGUAUUUAUAUUAUGUUUAUUUCAUUAACAGGGUACAUGGUACAUAUUUGGUACUAGUUUAGCUCUAUUUCGAAGUACUUGUUAAUUUUCUAAGUUAAAUAUGAUAAAAUAUUCAAAAAAAAAGACCUUGUUGACAAGAAACUUCAAAGAAAUAGUUAAGUUGUUUAAGACUGAUUCAAAGUAUUAUUUAAUUUCCCUUCUGAAGUUUCAAAUUAUUGUAUAAAAAUUAUAAAUUACUAUUUAUCUAAAUGUAUCUAUACAAAUUAUAUUACAACUACCUAAAGGUAAUAAAAAUAUUUCUGGUCAGUUUUCUAUACUUGUAGAUGUAGUAAUAUGUAGAAAUCCACAGUAAUGGUUUCAAUUAAAAUCAUAUGAUUUAAACAAUUGGGAGCCGAACAUUCUGUACUAGUCAUUUGUUAAACUUGAUAAUUGAUGUUAAUGGUAUGUAACAUUGUCUUGUAGUUGUAUCUUUGUCUACAUUAUAACUUAUUUAAUAAUUGAAUGUGUCAAUAAAGGAUUACAAUCUAAA